AGUCACGACUAACCCUUCCCGCCAAAUCUGGACCGUUCAUCACUGCAAUCAGACGGCCAUCAGGCCACCACAAUCUAUCUCGAGGCAGAGCAAUCCAAUCCCCAAUUUUCUCCAGCCCCCAUGGCGGCCGCCGCCGCCGUCGCCGACUGGACCGUCGUCCGCCGCCGCGGCCUCCGUCGAGGACGAGAGCCCCCGGUUACCACCUCCCACCCUGACGCCCCGCCGCCGCUCCCUUUGACCCCGAUCCCCUGGUCGCCCUCCGACCCUUCCCUCGACUCCGCCCGCGUCUCCCGCCUCGUCGACCGCGCCCGCGCCGCCAUCUCCCGCGUCGAGGCCUCCCGCCUGUACAGCCGCCUCCUCCUCCCGGACUCCCCGCUCCGCCACCGGCUCGCCUCGCUGGCCCCAACCCGCCUCUCCCUCCUCGGCGUCGGCAGCUUCGAGUCCUCCCUCGCCGCGCGGCUCCAGCUCGCGCUCGCGGCCCUCCUCCGCCGCGACCUCCUCCCGGACGCCUCCGCGGAUCUCUUCGACCCCGUCCUCUCCGCCGCCGAGUGCGCCGCGGCCGCCGCGCUCGGCUUCGCCGUCCCGCGCCUCGACGACGGGUGCCGCCGCCGCGCGGCCGGGCCCACCCUAUUCUACAUGCCCCACUGCGAGGCGGCGCUCUACGACGCGCUCCUCGACGCCAACUGGGAGCCCCGUGCCCAGCUCCGCCGCCUCUGCGUGCUCGGCAACAGCUUCCAGCGGUACGCGCUCCAGGCGGAGGACAGCGCCUCGGGCCCCGCCGCCAAGGCCAAGCUUGUCCUCGCUGCGGAGCGGUUCGCCUGGGAGGAGAGCGUCAACGAGGCCGGCGCCGUCGAUGACGAAGACGGCUUCGUCCGCGCCUUCAACGAGACGAGCUGGCAUUUCUUCGAGGUGGACGACGAAGACGCCGACCGGAAGGAGAUAAGUUCCAACGCUUUGUCCAUGGAGAAAUUAUCACUGUAAUACUAUGACUUGUAUUAUAUGAUUGGAGAUGCAUUCAAAGACUCAUCAGAUUGAAACCUUAGCACAAUUUGGUGCUUGCUUCAUCUUGAUUUUAUAAUGAACAGGAAUGAAAGUAUAGUUGUGUGCAUUGUAUCAUUAUAAGAAUUCAGAGUUUUGGCCAUUGAGUUUUGUUACUUGGAGCCACUAGUCACCACAUAUUUCUGUCUGUUAGCCAAUGAAUUAAGAGAAUAAACUCCCAAAUCCCAAUAUAGUGCUGAAUGAAAGUAUA